AACGAGCGGAACAUUUAUUCAAAUAAUAUUCAUCUCUCGAUUCGACGAUGUUCGUAACUUAGUUCGUUUAACGAGUGUCUGAGCUUGCGCGGGAACAAGCAAACCCCGUGCUUUUGCGUAGCAGCUGUUUCAUCGGUGCAUCAGCAUGAGGGCAGCGCGCACAUCGUUACGGGAGUCGUUCGGGUGACUUUAGUCCGCCGUGGGACAUCGAUCGGUGAAUUAAAGGCGUACAUCGUCGAUCGGUUUGAACGACGAGCCAAGACGCAACACCUGAACCGAAGGAAUCGAAAGAGAGGAACAGAGGAAAGAAGGAAAGCGUAGCUGGAAGAGACACCGGUUCGAUCAAGCUCGAUAUUCGGUUAGAAAGAACCGGACGAAAUCGUUUUAGAGUUAAGCAUCGAGCGUGUUGGAUCGCUAAAGGCGAUCGUUCGAUCGUGAAUCGCCGAUGAAGGCACGUAAGAACCGCGAGAAAAAGGGCGAACUUGAAGAACUCGGGGGCGUUUUAGGGGGUUCGACCGCCGGUGCCCUUGCUCUCGGUGGUCGGCACAAGCCCGAGGAGCUUGCCACCUUGGCGGCCAACACCAGAUUCUCCAGGAAGGAGAUACAGCUGAUUUAUCGUGGUUUCAAGCAGGAAUGCCCGACUGGACUCGUCGACGAGGAAGCCUUUAAACAAAUUUUCUCGCAGUUCUUUCCGCAAGGAGAUGCCAGCCAAUACGCCCAUUAUGUGUUCAACACUAUGAAGAGGAAACCGUCUGGAAAGAUAAGCUUCGAGGAAUUCCUCACCAUUUUAUCUAAAGUGUCGAGAGGUUCGGUGGAGGAGAAACUUCAAUGGGUAUUUGGUUUGUACGAUCUAGACGGGGAUGGGUUGAUCAGUAAAGAAGAGAUGUUGGACGUGGUCGGUUCCAUAUACGAGAUGUUGGGGCGUUACACCCAGCCACAAAUAGUCGAGCCACAUGUGGCUGCCAGAGAACAUGUUGAUCGCAUUUUUCACUUAAUGGAUGCGAAUAAAGACGGCGUGGUGACAAUCGAGGAAUUAGUACAAUGGUGUUCCAAAGACGAACAACUGUUGCGAAGUCUCGACACCCUUGACACCGUCUUAUGAGAUCUUUAUUAUUAUUUUAUAAUUCUUCUUCGAUUCCCAAGAGCCACAGAUCCUCUGUACAUUGUAUCUUGGCGCUCGACCGAGUUCUGUGUGUAGUUUCUAAACAAAAUUUUCAUCUUCGCAAUUGCAGUCGACAGGAAGAAAAGGAAUUGGACUUUGAAAGGAAAUUACCGUCUGAACUCGUCGAACGCUAUUUGUAAAUAUGUACUUACCCCACCUACCCUAGUCUUUCAAGCGUGCUACUCAAGGCACGAUAAAACCAACAGUAUUAUCAAACCUCUGAUACAAAAAAUUGCCAAUCCUCGUUGCGUCGAAUACUCCGUUAUGUCCGAUGGAUCACUCUGUGAUUUGUUACCUCUAAUGCAAAAAGAAAUAUUUCAACAACGAGUAUAUCUUAUAUAAUUUUGAGUCAUCCAUCGAGAAUUCUGGAGUAGAAUCGAUGCGGCGGGAACAACUCGGCCCCUCGAUUUAUUGAAACUAUGAACUUAUUUCUACGCUUUAACGACAAAUUUUAAGAGUUUUAACAAUCGUUAAGGCGUUAUUUUAACAUUGAUUCUUGACCUCUAUAUUUGUUCUAAAAAAAUUAAGCGAUCGUGAUAGUCAACGUGUUGAUACGCGAUGCCAACUACGAUCAAAGAUCCUUUCAAGAAUGAGCUUUUAUUAUCAUCCAUUGUUCGAGGCUGUUAUAGUAUAUGGCGUUAAUUAAAAACAUUUGUCUAAUACCUUUGCACGUUGCAUCUAUAGCUUACAAAUGAUUCAAUGCUCGUGAAAAGGAUCAAAUAGAAAUAAGAUACAGUUUAUUUUCUUGUUCUAAAAUCAUUAGCUAUUAGCCAUGUGCGAAUAAUAUUUGACAAUCUUUUCAAACUUGCCUUUUACGUGAACGAGUACAGAAAGGUUUCCUCGUUCUUGCUACAUUCUCUUCGACUCACCCGACCACUUAUUCUUUUCAACUAUUUUAACAUGGUGAUUAUUAUCGACAGGAGAGUCGCCGUGUUAAAAGUUGUUAGAACAAGUUAAUACCGAGCUUCAAGGUUUCCGCAUAUGCUCGUUCAAUGGAUCAUGAUUAUAAGUUUAAUUAUACCUGCAAUGGCCCAUACGAUGGAAAAGUAGUUAGUAACCCAGUAAUAUAAUAUCGUAGAACCCUCGACCAACUAAGAGAAACGUGAUCUUGCAAGAUCAACGCCCCUUGUGAUUCUCUCGUACCUUACUAUUUAUUACAACUCUCGCGUAAAGAAUUAUUGUUAUUAAGAUGAUUACUAUUAACCUGUUUAUCUAUCCUGUAAAUUCUAAAGCGAACCCUUUUAUGCGUAUGAACAUCAUCGAAUUUGUUGAAUUUCUCGAGUUUAUUAAAAACCUGUAUUGUAAUUGAACUUCUAAAAAAACGUUAUUACCUGAGCGUGCAUGUAAAGAAAUCAGUUCGAUCAUUUAUACAUUUGAUUGUUCUAAUAAUGUGCCAUUAAAAGCAUUCAAUAUGAAUAAAUGAAUGCUUGUUACAAUGGAUCCACUUUGGAAAUCAAUUUUUUCCAAUAGUUGAUGUUCCAUAUGUAGUGCAGCUUAGGCUUCCCUCAGUUAAGGGGAAUCGUAUGGGAAGGGGUGUCCCAUCACUCCUUACUUCUUAGACAUUCUUUAGACUUUAGGCUGACCUUACAUUUUCCUAAGGAUCUCUCAAGGUCGAAAGGUGGGAGACACCUGCCCUACUUUUCCCCUUAACUGAGACAAAUGUAUCGUUGCACCUAAAUGUAUAGUAGUAUUUCUUUUGCAUGAAAACAUAGGCGAUAGCUCAUUACUUAUUUUAUUGCAAAGUAUUCUAAUUGUCUUUCGAAGUAACUUCAACAUAGUUACUGAUGAUGAACGCUUUCUAAUGCUAACUUUAAUUUAUCGUAUUUUGUGAAAUAAAGAUAUUUAAAAACCAUU